AUGUUGUCGCCAAAACUGAUGUCUCGUCUCACCAUCGUCGUCGCAGCCACCAAAGCCAACGGCAUCGGCGCCAACACGCGCCUCCCAUGGCGACUGCCCAAGGAGAUGAAGUACUUCGCUCAGGUAACGUCGAACGCACCGGAUGGAUGCCAGAACGCGGUCAUCAUGGGCAGAAAUACCUGGGAGAGUAUUCCGAAGAAACACAGACCGCUCGCGAAACGCGUGAAUAUCGUGGUUAGCAGAAAUAAGGAGUACGAUCUCGGCUCGGAGGCCCCGUCGGUCGUGCUCAAGGAUAGUCUCGACUCGGCACUUUCACUCCUUGAACCCUCAGACCCUGACGCAACAAGGUUGCAUCGCGGGUUCGUCAUAGGCGGCGCGACACUUUACACCGAGUCCCUCUCUCGGCCUAUCUCUUCAACAGGGGCCAGUGUCGACCGUAUCCUGCUGACACGAAUCCUCUCACCGGACUUUAGCGACUGCGACGCAUUCAUGCCUGACUUCCUCAAGCCAAACGAGGGAAAGGUGGAGUGGAUGAGGUCAACGCAUACGGCCCUACAGGAGUGGGUUGGUUUUGGGGUGCCAGAGGGCGAGCAAGAGGAGAACGGAGUGAAAUACGAGUUCCAGAUGUGGGUGCGCCAGUCGUAA